UUUUUUUUCAGGCCAAAUCUAGCUGUAAUAGUAUUUGUCUCCCUUCAGAAAAAAAAAACUUCUAUAGAAAUCUUCAAUUCGAGAAACUAACUAGACGAAGGUUUCUCUUUUUCGUCUAGAUUUGAUUCAGUUCUUGAUCUCGUCUUUCUUUCUCGAAGGUGUUGUUCAGUUUUAUUGGGUAUGUCUUGUCAUAUUUCGUCAGUUCUUGUCUUUGCUUGCUUCAAUCUCUGUUUGACGCUGUUCUGUUCUGUUAUGUUUUAUAUGUUUUCAAGCUCAUGUGUUUGAUUCGAUUCCUUCAUUAUCGUGCUUCAGCCCCUUUUUAGUCCCAGAUAUGAAUCUCUCUUUGUUGAAGUUUCGAGGUUUAACAGUUUCUCCUGUAAUGUUAAUUUGGUGAAAUGUUUGAUCAGUUGAUGACUCUUUUUUGGAUUAUAUGUAGUUUUAAGUUGCUUGAAUGUUUAACCCCCACUGCUCCAAUGAAAUUAGAAUCUGCUCUGUUUGAAUAAUUUGGUAGGAGCCUUGGACAAAUAGUUGGAGAGAACUGGUCUGAAACAAUGCAGUUAUAUCACCAUCCUUACUCAAUAGACAGCCAAAGAGUGAGACUAGCUUUGGAAGAGAAAGGCAUUGAUUACACAUCAUACCAUGUCAAUCCCAUCACAGGCAAGCACAUGGACCCUUCCUUCUUUAGGAUGAAUCCCAACGCCAAACUUCCCGUUUUCAGGAAUGGUUCUCACAUCAUUUUGGACACUAUUGAGAUCAUAGAGUACUUAGAGAGAAUAGCUGAAGUUUCCUCUGGUAUAGAAGAUGCUACUUUUAAUAGAGAAGUUGUUGAAUGGAUGCGGAAGAUUAGGGAAUGGGAGUCCAAACUUUUCACUCUUGCUCACAUACCGGAUAAUCGUCGCCUCUAUGUUUCCAAGUUCUUGAGGAUGGUAGUGAUUGCAAGGAUGGCUGAGUCUCCAGACUUAGCUAGUGCUUACCAUAGGAAGCUAAGGGAAGCAUACGAUACAGAAGACAAACUAAAAGACCCUGGGGCCUUAAGGAGAAGCAAAGACCAUUUGCUUAGGCUUCUAGAUGAGGUUGAAACAAAGCUAGAGGGGACAACCUAUUUGGCUGGGAAUGAGUUUAGUAUGGCUGAUGUAAUGCUAAUCCCGGUGCUAGCUCGGUUAUCGCUCUUGGAUUUGGAAGAGGAGUAUAUAAGUAGCAGGAAGAAUCUUGCUGAGUAUUGGGCUCUUGUGAGGAGGCGGCCAAGUUACAAGAAGGUAAUUGGAAGGUACUUCAAUGGCUGGAGAAAAUAUGCAACACUUGUAAAAACUUGGAUGUUUGUUAGAGUCAGAAGUUUACUCAGAAAAUAUUGAAUAUCAAAAGUUUGCCUUGUUUCUUUUCCACCUUUUCAUUUUCCAGGAGAUGCUUAAGAAAAUUAAUUAUUUCAGAAGUUUUAAGAUGCAAAGAUCUCAAGGUAACUUAAAAAGAUUAAAGAAUGUGAUUGCUUUUACAUUGAAAUGGGACUUUUUGAUUGUAAAAGAAUUUAGAAUAUACUAAAGAAAGGAGAGGGAUAGGAAAGAAACGCAUAUGACUCCCCUAGAGGGGAUUGAUUUUCCUAUGGGCCAAAUAAACCAAUCAAUCACUGUAAUUCUCCUUUAAGAGAUGCAUUGUCUCCAUUUCAACUUCAUCGACUGUACUUCUCUAAAAUUAAGAAUACUUAACUGUUGAGCUUCUUCUCUAAAGUUAGAUUUCCAGGUAUAGGGCUGUUUGCUGUU